GAACACGAGCCUCAUCGAUACACCUUGCACGAGGAACACGGGCCUCGGAUGCCACCAUCGAGCGAGGAACACGGGCCUCAGACGAAAACAACCGGCGAGGUGAGUUGACGACGCGAGGAACACGAGCCUCGGCCACAAGCGCAUUGACGGGAGGAACACGGGCCUCCGGUGAGGAACACGAGCCUCACGACCGAGCAAGAGGACACGGGCCUCUGAACCGAGCGAGGAACACGAGCCUCGCAGCCGAACGAGUGCAUCCAUCGGGGCAGAGGAACACGAGCCUCUGUUGGGAACGAACCGCUUUCGCUGGAACUGGAUUGGGAUCCAUGUGUGGCAAAUGCGUUGAGCUGUUUCUGCUGGAUAUGCGGUGUUGAGGUUGAGAUUGAGAUUGAGAUUGAGAUGGCUGGGGUAAGCUGGCUUGAAGAUGGCUUGAGGCCUUCAGAGAGGCGACUGGAGAGAUGCGGGCUGUACUGGAGACGGGGAUGCGGCGUGGUGAUGGACGAGCGACGGCGUUCUCACAGCUGCAGUGACGAGUUGGGCGACGCACGAAGCGGUUGGCACUGUUCAACACGAACCGAGUGGCGCAAAUGGAGGUGGGUGACGCGUGCGUUGAGCGAGGUUCACGGGCCUCGGGGACGAGGGCUGACGAAGCCGGAAGCAUGGCGCAAGUUGAAGACGAGCCGCAUUGGCGGAGUUCAGGGGUCAGCACAAGGAGGGGGGCCAGGGCCAGAAUCCAGUGAUUGCUGCAAGGAUGCAGGACCAGAGGCGGCAGGCGACAGACGUACACGAAGCGUCCACAGCAGGGGAGCUGCGACAGAUGGGUUCGUGGCGGUUGUUCCUCCUGGGCGUGUGUGGGAGAUUCUCACGGACGUUCUCAAGGAUUUACUAGACGGGAGCACGGAGGCAUCCCGGAGACAGGCGCAGGCGGCGCGAACGACGGCAUGGAGACUUGCCGGACACGAGCGGCUGGAGGCAGGGGAGAAUGCACUUGCCAGGAUCGCAGCCGUCGGUAUGGAGGCGGAAGGGAGCGAAGCCAAGGCGGAUGACGCCGGGUAUCCUCAGGAGGAAGGGGGAGAAUGACGGUGUUGUUCGGCACUGGAUGGUCAAGGGAACUUGCUCGGAGGCAGGUUGCGUUCUCGCGCUGGGU